GGCCUACCCCGCCGGGGAUUGCUUGUUGUGUGGGCGCUUGGUUUAAAGUCUCACCGAGCACAGUUAUUGACCAGAUGAAUUUACGUGACUAUCAGAUGCCCCUAACAUAAUGGAAAGUAUCAGGAAUCUGGAGGAUGAGACAUUUCCUAGUUUUCUAUUGCAGUCUGUCAGGAGUAAUGGCAGUGAAAUGCUGGAAAAUGUUACUGUUUCUUCAAAUUUUGGACUUCCCGUGGCUGCAUCAACAGUUGCUAAAAAAUCAGAUUUGGGAAUUCCAGAUACACAAGCUUCAUACUUGGAAGAAGGAAGGUUUUCUGUCAUGGAAAUGCAUCCCCCAAAUGUCUCAAAUUCUGAAACCUGUAAAAAAUUUGUCCUUAGUUUUAAAGAUGAUUUAAUGAUGAGUUUUGAUGCGGAGGCUUUUCGGGAUGAAAGACUAGAAGCUUAUUUCAAGAAGUUCAUACCACUAGGAAUGCAGAGGGGUCACAUUGAAGGACAAGAGCUUCCUGAAGUCCAUUCUGCAGUGUCAGGAUCAUUUGCAAUGUUACAGGAUAACUUUCAGAUGCCACCUGUUCGACAAGCAGCAACUGGAAUGGAUUCUGCACCAUCAAGUGGUGAGGAUACAGAUGAUGAGCUGGAGGCUAUUCAGCAACAUAAUACUUUGGCAAGAGACUCAUUGUCCUGUGCAGCAAGGGAACUGCUUGGAGAGAGCAAUCAACCCAGCUUUCGGCCAGGAUUGGAAGGCGGUAGUUCUGAUGAGUCCAUUGGACCACUUGAUGAAACUAAACGAGGUGGAUUUGAAUUCAGAAGAUCAGUGGAGGGUCGAGUCAUAAACUCCCCGAUUGUAGGUGAUGGAGGGGAUGGUAGCAGUGGAACGAAGAAGAUGGAAAUGGUGUUGGACAGAAAUAUAGCAGGAGAAGAAGAUGACAAUGACAAUAUGCCAAAUAUGUCUUCUAGUAAUGCAAUAUUUGAUAAUUUCCAAGGCCUCAGAAUAGUGGAUAGGAAUAUAGCUGGACAGGAUCAAACAUUUGGUACACUUCCAUUACAAGCAAAUAGGGAAUGUAUUCCUGGUCAGAAUGAGGAUACUUUGGAUACUGGUUUGAAUGAUGAAAUGAAGCUGGAUUCUGUAUAUUUCCGUUCUGGCGGCGGUAAUGAUACCGCAGCUGAUCAGUUACUUUCCACACCUCUUCAUCUUUCACAGAUCACCUGCUCACCAAGUGCUGACAACAGCUUGGGUCUUAGAGAUGGACCUUGUGGGGUUGCAACGGUAGAACAGACGUACGUUACGGAAAAUGAUGAUGAUGCUGACCAGACUUUGAAUGGAGGUUCAGACCCACCUCUUGCAGCUGUCUACUUAUCCCCAGUGUAUCCAGAUGAAAGCGCAGAAGAGAUGUGGCAAAAUUCCUCAAAAAAUACCCUGUUUCUUGACCAGCAGAAAGCUGAAUGCAGCACUGGAUGCUCCAAAAUGGAUAAAAGCAAAGAGGUGAAACCUGGUGUGGUUUACCAAAAUGAAGAAGGGUGCUGGGUGACUGACCUAGCUUAUUAUUAUUCACUGGAUCAAGAACAGAGUCAGUUCAAUUUGCCAACUGAUCUAGCUAGUAACAAAGCUGCUGCAUUAAUUGAAGAAGAUCAGGAAGAAUUUGAACAAGAGCACAAGUUCAUACAGGAGGAUAAAAUGGAUGCAAUGAUUACUGGUGAGUCACUUGGAAAUGAUUCAUGGAAGAUGCCUUCUCACGUGAAAUUGGGAGUAUCACCAGCAGCAUCUGACUUUGUGCAAGAAGAUCAGAGUUACCUUCAGCUUACUCUGGGAGAGUUCUUUGGUGAAAGAUCAGAGGCUCUUGGAUGUCUUGGGGAAGAAAACAGUAGCGUAAAACGGCCAUCGUUUGGAUAUUCCAUAACAUCACCAAAACGAAGAACACCAGUACCUUUAAUUCAGCCUACCGAUUGUCAGAAAUCCAGGAAGAAGGCAGACAGCUGUCCAAUGAUGACACACACCAUUCAGAUAUCGGUCUUGCCUUUGGCUGUUAUAGCAGAAGAUCUGGACCAAACACUCCAUGGAACUCCAACAGAGUUUUCAACUACAUUUCUGGUUGAUAAGCAGACAGAAAAUCACAGUUUUAACAAGGAACAAAGUUCAAAUAUCCAAAAGACUGAAAGUAUGAAUACAGAAUUGAGUUCGAAUUUGAAGGUUAAGGAAACUAAAUGGAACACCACAGAUUCGGUCUUGAGCAUAAGUACAAUUGCUUCUGCUAUUGCUGAUGCUUCAGUAAGUGCUGAUCCUGCUCAGUUGGCAUCUAUGAUUUUGGAACUUUCUAAUAAAAACAGGAAGAAAAAUAAGCUGAGAGCAACUGGUGGAGAAUUCGCUGCAGAAGUGAAGAGCCAGAAAAGCAAUGUUAUUAAUAAUGUGGAGAAAAAGCUUGAAAACUCAGAGGGCAGUACGAGUGAGACUCUGAAAUCUGAAUUCAAGCCAUUGUCUGAAUCUGCUUACAAUUUAAGCUCUGAUUUAUCUGAAGUUCCAGGAAUCCUCAAAGCACAUCAAAUUCAUUUUCAGUGGAAUCCAUCGCAAGUAGCACCAGCAAGCAGGAAACCAAGAAACAAAAUGUUGGCCCGGUGGGAGCAAAGAUUUGGGGAAUCAACAAGUGAGACAAUAUAUGAAAACGAUAGAGUAAUCAUUAAAACUUCAAAACCACAGUUGGGAAGAGAUGUACAUGAAACUCCAGAUCUCCAUGGCCAGGAAAAAAGCAUCAACUCUGAGCAAUCUAAUUGCACUCCAGUUACACCAAAAACCUGUAAAUCUGAAUGUGUAUCAGAAGCAGAUCAGCUAAUUUUGAGGCCAUCAACUUCUCCAUUGACUCAUUCUUCACCAAACAAAGUCACAGAGCUACCAACCUCCACCAGCAGUUCGUCCUCUUUGAUGUACUCUAGCUCAAAUCUGAGCAGACUGAGUUAUAUUUCUGGUAUUGAUGCAACACUACAGAAUAGCACAGCCAUUGGCAGUCCCAUGGAUGCUAAGAAUGAUAAAAUUAUUGAACUAAGUACUACAAUUAUUCAGCAAGUCCUACUGCCAACACCAGAUCAAACUAUAGUUAAUACAAGUGAGCUGACUUUGCCAACUUCAUUGGAUGGAUGUAAAAAUGUUUCUUUGAAUCCCAGUUCAGAACCAAGAAGAUCAUGUUAUGAUAAACAGCAAAGCAAUGAAAGCAGAAGUUCUGUGGGUAAACACGAAGAUGGACAGGGUUCAUUAAAAUCUAAUAAGUUACCUUCUCCACAAUCUGAGAGUGUCAAGUUGCGGCAAUCGGAUGCUCCUCCAUCAGAGUCAGGCAAGUCAAUAAUGUACAAAGGAUCACCUGCACAACAAAAAACUGAUAAUGUUGGUGCACCUCCACAGACCAAGAUGAAUGAAGGGCAUUGUGUAGAAUCCCUGAAUGCAGCCUGCACAAAUACCAUUGGAAUGGGUGGCAAAUAUAUGCCUAUUUCAAGUUUUAAACCUCAUGGAACUGUUUCAGAUACACCUGCAGUUCCCACAUUACUUACUGCAAAUUCAUUACUAACAACGCCACUGGCCCAGCAAUAUCUGGGCAAUCUGACCACCAGUUCCAAUUGCCUAAAUGUACCUUUGACUUCAUGUUACUUGGGGAACACUUUGUCAUCUAACAUGUAUACUCUUCCAGGUGGUUUGCCUGGUGCUAAUUUGUUCAUGGGAAAUAUUCAAGCCUUUGGAACUCAUCUUGAUCCCAAAUUAGGAAUAAGGAUGCAGGACCCAGCUCAGUUCUACAAUGCACAUGCCAUACCACUGGAUUCUAAUUUUCAAACACAGCCUGUUGGUUAUCAGCCUUCAAGAAUGGGUAUGCUUGAUCAUUGGUCAGGUGGACUUCAGAUGAGAGAUGUUGGUCACAUAUUGGUCCCUGAGGAAUUGAGGUUUCCAAAUUCCUGCUGUGUUGGAAUAGCAUCACAAACCUCACUCAGCAUGUUCAAUCCAACUGAGCGGUGGAUGCAAGUAUCGAUUGGAAUAGUUAGUGUUUCACUGAAUGGGGAGAAGAUGGAAGCAUUCGCUCACCAGUGUUGGAUAUUCAAGAACAAAACUAUAAUUGGCCCUCAUGUCACUGAAGAUUUAAAACUGAUGUUCCUUCCACGUCAUCCUGGAGUUUUUCAGUGUGUGCUCUCUAUCUCAUCGUAUCCAGUCUCAGCAGAUGCCAAUACAAUUGCCAGAGCAGAAGCACUUGCAGUCAGAGUGAUUGUUACAGCUGUGGCAGAAGAUCCGUUGAUUGAGAUUUUGGCAGGGAAAAGAGGAUGCUUGGAUUUUGGUGACUUAAUACCUGGUGAUGGUAAAACACUCUCUCUCAAACUGGUCAAUGGGACUCAUGCCACCAUUCCCAUUCGGCUUGUCAUAAGUGCAAACGCUGCUGCAUGGAGAUGUUUUACAUUCUCCAAAUCGGACACAGUGACAGAAACAGCGCUGCAGACUGAAAGACUCUCUCCACUGGUGGGCCCAUCUGUCAUGAAUCACGUGCUGCAAGCAAGCUAUGAUGGAGAGGAUCCUGAAAGUCUUGUUGUGUGGGUUCAUUUUCAAGCACCACAAAAAUACAUCUAUAAUACAGAUCCCAUUGGUGAAGCAGAGGACUACUUUGCAAGGAUUGAUGUAGAAGUUGAUACUCCUGGUCCCAGCAAUGUUAUUAACAGCAUACCACUUUGUUCCAGAGUUGGAAUUGUCAGAAUACACGCACCCAAGCACCUGCAAACACUCGUAAUUUCUGCUGAACCAGGCACGACAGCUAAACAAAUCCUACCUCUGAAAAAUGCAGGAAAUAUCAAUGCACAGCUAAAGAUUCAGGCUGCAGAAUCCAGCUGUUUUCUAGCACAGCCGGAAAAUAUCCUCAUUCGUCCUGGGGAAGAAUCUGAAGUAGUUGUUUCAUAUACACCAAAGGAUGCACAAAGUGAAACGCAAAGCCACUUGGCUAUUCUGGUUCAGCCUUUUGGUCCCCAAUAUGAAGUUGGCUUGAAAGGAAUGCUUUGGAAACCUGAAUUGGAUCAAUCCGUUUCUUCACCAUCAAGCUCCUCAGUGGAGAUACCACCAAUUCUGUCCAACAAGCAAUUUAUGGCAUGGGGAGGAGUUUCUCUUGGAAGGACAGUUCAUCAGAAACUUGUGCUUAGAAAUAGUUCGACUGUUGCACAGCAGUUACGCCUGUUGAUCAAAGGUCAAGAUCAAGACUGCUUUCAAUUACAGAGCAUAUUUGGCCCUGAAGAGAGGUUGACCAGUAAUCGUGAAUUGAUGGUUUGCCCCAAAGAAGAUGUUUGUGUGCAUCUUUUGUUUGCACCAACAAGGGUUGCUUGUAUGUUGGCAAGACUUGAAAUUAAGCAAUCAAGGAUACGGUCAACUCAACCAGGAGUAAAAUUCACAAUUCCACUUUCAGGUUAUGGAGGAACAAGUAACAUUAUACUAGAAGAUGUCAAAAAAACCUCUGGCAGCUAUGUGCUGAAUUUAAAUGAUAUCACACCAGACAAAGUCAGCAAGAUCAGUUUCUAUAUGAGAAAUACAGGUUCUCGAGCUGCUUAUGUCAAGGCAGUUUGUUUCGAGGAUUCACAGAUAAAAAACAUUAUGAAUACCAAAGUUAUAAAAGUUUCUCCAGCCCAAUUUGUACUCAAGGAACGGACUCGACAGGCAAUCACGGUAACCUGCCAUGCCAGUCCAAGAGAGCGCCUUCAGUAUGGAACUGAUACAGCACUGCUUUGCAUGAUUUGCUUCUUUUGUGGAGACGAGGUGGCACGACAGCAACUGAGAAGAGCACUUGCCUGCAAUCAUCAGGGACUCAAGCAGAUCAUUAGUGGAAACAGUCCACUGCAAAAGAUAGACUUCACUCAAAAGUUUCCUGGUGAAGAAUUGGUAUCAGAAGUCUAUGACAUACCGAAAAGACCAAAUGAUGUCCAUGUUUUUUAUGGAAGUCAGAAGAAAGUGAUGCUUUCUGUAAUGACAAGUUCUGCAUUCCGUGAGUCUGAUAAUACAGAAGGCUUGGAUUCAUUUUCAUCUUCUCAAGGGAUGAAUGUAGGUUCUGAAAGUGUGCUUGGAAGUUCAGAAAGAAAUCCAUCUAAUGCAUCAUUGGAUGUUCUUCCAGUAAGAGGACCACAAGGCUCUCCAUUGCUUUUGCAUAAUUCUAAUCAAGUGCCAAACCAGUCACCCAAGCCCAAGUAUUCAUGGGCAGUGCGGCCUGAGCAUUUAAUUCUUACUGUGCCGUCAACAGGUGAGUUAUGUGGCAAUAUGGAUCAGUACCAACUGGGACGGGUACAGAUUAUAAACCACUCCGCUCGGUCUCUGUCUUUCGAGCUGUCUUGGCCAGCGCACUCUUUAACAGUGACACCCCAACAUGGAGUUGUUGACCCAGAGAGCCAUUUACUAAUUCUUGUGAGUCCAAAUCCUUCUCUUGUUGCGAAACCUUCUGCUGUGCCAUGGAGUGGACAGAUUUAUGUACACUGUGAUAAUCAGCAGCAGUUAAUUAAAGUACAAAUUCGGGAAGAUGUCACAAUGGACACUUCAGUAGCUGUACAAAAGCCCAAAUGUGGACUGGACUCGAAACCUUGGACUCCUAACGUACAUCCAUCAAAGAUUCCAUCUAAGUCUCCACCCAGCAAACUAAAGAUAAAGAAUCGAACUGUACAUUUUCCUCUAACGGCAGCUGGGUCAAGCUCGGAAUCAUUAUUAGAAAUUGAAAAUGAUGGAGAAGAAACUGUACAGUGGUUUUUAUCAUCGUUCGCACCUCCAUAUGUAAAGUGGGUAGAUGAGAGUGGAGAUAUAUAUAGAGCAACCUACACAGCCUUCCGAUGCUCGAGAGUGUCUGGAACGCUACAGGGGCACAGCACAGAAGAGUUGCCUGUCUCUUUUAUGCCUCGAGAUAAGGGGGACUAUGCUCAGUUUUGGGAUCUGGAAUAUCGUCUGGUUGCAGAGCCACAUAUAAAAAACAAGAUUCAGUUUCAACUUCAUGGUGUGGGAACAAAACCCAAAGUGAGCUCUAAGGAAACUGAUUCAGCCACACAAACUGAAAGAUUAACUAAAACUGGACGAGAGUUGCCAUACAAGGGUGUUUAUGCUCCUGAAGAUUCAUACUCAUUCCCUGCAACCCCUGUUCGGGAAUCAAGCACAUUAAAGGUUCAUUUACGCAAUAGUUCCUCUGUUGCACAUUCGCUGAAGUUUGUAAAUCCCAGAGAGCCAUUUUAUAUCAAGCAUUCCAAUUAUUCAUUGCGUGCUCAACACUACAUCAAUCUACCUGUCCAGUUCAAACCAGAGUUAGAGGGAGGAUUCGAGGCAUUGCUCGUGGUACAAACAGAUACAUGUGGAAGUAUCCCUAUUCGACUUGUUGGUGAAGCUGUUGCAAAAGAAUGAACAAAGUCGAACUGCUUUAUCAACUGAAGUAUUAAUUGUAGAACUAACCUGGAGAAAAUAUUUGACACUCUCUAAUGUAAUGUAGAAAUCUUGUAACAAUAUGAAAAAGCACCUUCUGUAUACAAGAUUUAAAACUAAUUUGUAAAUUUAAGCUAUUUAUACACUGGUGCCAUUUUGAUUUAACACCAUCACUGUGACUUUUGAAAAGGAGAGAAGUAUUUUGGUAAACAUUUGUACCAUACUAAAAAAAAACCCAGCCUACUGUGGCAGGGCUGUACAGGUUUCUGCUCUUUCCUUCAGUAUUGUAUAACAAAUUAUUUUGCACAAGCUUUAUUUUGUGGCUGGUUUUAUAUUUUGAUGUAUAUUUGAAAUAAAGUUAGAAUUGUAUAUUUA